UAUAUCGUCCUAUCGUCAUAGUUAAAUAGCGACGUAAUGUCGAAACUCUCGGGUGACAGGACACGGUAUAUAAAGUCUCAGAAUUAUCGGCGAACGUAUCAUUCAACGUUUAGGAACCUACUCGACAUCGGUAAUCAACAUGGCCUUCAAGUUCGUUAUAGUUGUUGGCAUUCUUGGCUUUGUUGAGAUCAGCAAUGCUUUUCCCGGACACGCACAUAGUUUCGCACAUUUCCACGGACCCGUAAAAGGUCCUCAUCAUGAAAUUAUCUCUCAUGGUAAACACGGCCAUCACAUAGAUUAUGUUGCUCAUCCGAAAUAUGAAUUCUCUUAUGGCAUUAAGGAUCAUCAUACUGCGGAUUAUCAUGGACAGAAAGAGCACAGAGACGACAAGGAUGUAAUCGGGGAAUAUACGAUCAAAGAACCAGGUGGUAAUACAAGAAUCGUUAAGUAUCAUUCCGAUCCUCAUGGAGGAUUUUUCGCUCAUGUUCACAAUACUGAUGGCAAUAAUCACGAAGGUGGUACUUAUGGUGGUCAUGGUCAUAAACACGGUCAUGGAUAUUAACAACCGUAAUAAUAUUAAGGAAGAAGUUAAAGAAGUAAAAGAACGGAAAUAUUUAAACAUAAUGAUUUAACGUUAUUUAAAUGAUCAUACAUGCAUUAGUUUUAUAU